AUGCGUGCGCUAUAUAGCCAAGUGAUCCUCUGUCUAGUACUAGACCUCCCCAAGUUCAGUGUAGCGUGGUUGAGUUUCGGUAACAUCUCCAGCAUCGUGACGGAUGCGAAGGAAAUGAACUACGGAAACCACCCGAUCCGGGAUGCGUACGAUUUCAUCAUCGUAGGCGCAGGUCCUGCCGGGUGUGUUCUAGCCAACCGACUGUCCGAGGACCCUUCAGUGACGGUGCUACUGCUCGAGAUUGGUCGCGGUGAGAGACCACUCCUCACCGAUUCGCCUCUCGUCGGGCCGAUACUCGCUUCGACGGACUACAACUUUGGAUACACCACGGAGAAACAGCGCCAUGGGUGUUUGGGUCUUCGCGGUGGACGGUGUAGCUGGGCGCAUGGACGUGGCGUCGGUGGAUCAUCCAUCAUUAACAAUGUGAUCUUCACGCGUGGCAAUCGGCGGGACUAUGAUAGUUGGGCGAAGGCGGGCAACGAGGGCUGGAGCUGGGACGACGUGUUGCCACUGUACAAGCGUAUCGAAACGGCCAACAUUCGUGACUUUGGUGACAAUGGGUUUCACGGGACUAGUGGACGGUUGUCGGUCGAGGACUGCCCGUUCAGGUCAGAUAUUGCCCGCGCGUUUGUGGAGAGUGCAGAAGAGGCCGGUUACCGCUACCUGGACUACAACGCCGGUGAUAACUUGGGAGUAUCCUUCCUUCAGGCACAUACCCGCAAUGGACGGCGAGCUACGGGAGGGAACAGUUACCUACGGGAUGUGGUGGAUCGCGAAAAUCUGCACGUCCUCACUAGAGCGUGGGUCACCCGAGUGCUCAUCGAUCCCGAUACGAAAACGGCCACCGGUGUGCGCCUGCUUCAUAACAGGCAGUACUAUGAGGUGGAAGCAUCCAUGGAGGUCAUCCUAUCGGCCGGUGCCUUCGAGAGUCCCAAGCUACUGAUGCUCUCCGGCGUGGGCCCAGCGAAACACCUCAAACAGCACGGCAUCAAGCCACUACAGGAUCUCCCCGUUGGGCGCAAAGUGUACGAGCAUGGCGGUGUCUUCGGACCGGUGUUUAUCGUACGUGAACCGACCGACAAUCUCGUCAGCUUCGAUCAGCUGACCAACAUCGGGGAGGUGUUGCGCUUCCGCAACGGAUCCGGUCCACUCACGUCGAACUCUGUCGAGAGCCUGCUGUACGUGAAGUCCCCAUUCGCCGAGGAUCCAGAUCCGGACUAUCCGGACGUUGAGGUGAUGCAAGCGUUCACAUCGUUCAGCUUCGACACCUCACCCGGAACGAAGCGCGCAUACUUUCUGACCGAUCGGAUGUACGACGAGUACUUCCGACCGUUGGCGAACAAACGAAACUUUAUGUUCCUCCCGAUGCUGCUAAAGCCGCGGGCCGUUGGACGCGUCGAACUGAAGUCUUCCAAUCCCUUCCACCAUCCGGCGUUCCGGUAUCAAUACUUCGAGGACGAACGGGAUGUGGAUGCGCUGGUGUACGCAAUAAAGGAGGUGAUCCGUAUCAGCACCAAGGCACCCCUGCGCCGUAUGGCGGUCGAGCUGUACUCGCGGAAGGUUCCCGGAUGUCAGUACAUGCCGUUCAACACGGUCGAUUACUGGCGUUGCCACGUGCGAACACUGACCGCUACGUUCCAGCAUCAGGUUGCGACAUGCAAAAUGGGACCCCCCGAAGACCCCGAAGCGGUCGUCGACAAUCGGCUACGGGUGUACGGUGUCAAACGGUUGCGCGUGGCGGACGUUGGCAUCAUACCAGAGGCACCGACCGGUCACACCAGUGCACACAGUUUCCUCAUUGGUGAAAAAGCAUCCGACUUGAUCAAGCAAGACCAUAGGCUCCGAUAA